AUGGGCAAAGUCCCAGUAUUUACCUCCGAUCCGUACCCAGACCUCGUGCUUUCGGACGAAGACCGAAUCGAGUUGUUGCAGCUCGAAAGAGACUUGAUCCUCGAAAUCUUCCCAAAGUACGAAGCGUUUGUCCUUGAUGACAACCGAAUUGUGAAGCGCGCCCAGUGGAAAGCAAUUGGUGAAGACAAGAAUCUGCAUGUCUACGCAGAGCGCAAAGGCUGGAGCGAUGACUUGGCUCCCGAAAAACCGCCGAGUCAGGAUCCAGCAGAUAGCUGGCAAAAGCACAUGCCUCUCAUUCUUGCUGUGGGCACGUUUGAAGGCGAGCUAAAUGACCUCAUGUUUGGCACGGUGAACCCGACUCAGGAGAUCAUGCGGGUCAAGGCGUCGUACGUGAAAGACUACAGCGACGGAGCUGUAUUGGCCAAUAUCAUUGUCCCCACAGUCAGAGAUCCGUUCCGGUCCGUCUCGGUCAAAUGGACUCAGAUCAACUUACCCCUCAAUCAGACUGGACUGACCCAGAAUCGAGACUUUGUCUGUCUUGAAGCUACGGGAAUUCUGCAUUUUGCAAAUGGAGAUCGUGUCGGCUACCAGCUCCUGCACUCCAUCGACUUUCCGUGUACCCAACCACUACCGGGAACGAUUCGUGCUCGACACAAGAUCAUCGGCUUUUACCGGCAAAUGAGUCACAAUAUCAUCGACACCUUCGCCCUUGAUAACGUGCAUCCAGGUGGCAAAGUGUUCCGCUCACUCGCACUUGAAGUUUCGGCAAAGGCUUUGCUUUCCACGACAAACUACGUGAUUUGUGGACAAGCCAAGAAAUUGACGUGGCGACUGCAGCAUCGGUACGCCGAGACUCACUGUACUCAACACCGGAAGAGUACUCGCAAUGUACUGGCAGGGAAUAAUUCGUGUGGCGCUUGUGCGCGAAAUCUCGCACCUGGAAGUUUCGGUCUUCCGAGAGUGGGGGCUAUCGGGAAGAGCGUUUGCAAGCUCUGUCUGAACCAUGUGUGCCUCAAGUGCAAACGACCCAAGGGAAUCAGUUUCCUCGCACCGAACGGAAAACUACUGCGUCACAAAAUUACGUUCUGCGUCAUGUGCAUGAGCGAAGUUACGCAGAUGGACGCAUUGUCGGCUGCAUGUGAUCAAGCCGAGGGAUAUCAAGCUUACAAUGUGAUGGCGUCCCUCUCCGGAUCUGACAUCCUUUCGGACGACCUCAAUGUGUGA